AUGUCAGUUGUGUGCGUGGAAGAAUUAGCGCCUUCGGCGGAAAUAAUCGCGCCGAGACGACGAUACAAAGUGAGCGUGACGGCCCGCGCCGACGUCCCAUUCUUCGGGCCCACCCUGCCCAGCCCGGCCAUCUUCACCCACGGCCCGGAGUUCAAGGAAUUCCUGCUCACGAAGCUCAUCAACGCGGAGAACGCGUGCUACAAGGCCGAGAAGUUCGCCAAGCUGGAGCUGCGGACGCGCACCAGCCUCCUGCAGACGCUCACCGACGACCUGCGCGACAAGACCAACGAGUUUCUGGGCGGCAGCGCCUCGAUCGUGCCCGGAACGCCGAAGAGCGACUCCGGGCCCGGAUCGCGGUUCAUCGACACCGUGAAGAAGGUCUGGGUGUCCAGGGUCAAGCCCAGUCCCAGCGUCGAGAACAACCUUAACGUCAACGGGCACGACAGGCUCACCAAGAAGCCCAGUCAGCCCACCAUCAGCGAGACUACACCUACGAGCGGCAGAUCCGCAUCGAAGCUGUCGAUAGCCUCGAACGGCAAGAAGGCGGGCAGCAACAGCUCCUCGACCGCCUCGUCGCCCGACCUCACGCAGCGCGGCGCGCCGCGCCCCGCCCUCUCGGAGGUCAGCGACGACUCCUCCCUGACCUCCGAGGACCUGGAGCACCUCGCCGGAGGCUACGUCGACAGCGACACCGGCUUAGAGAGCAUGUCCAGCGCCGAGACCACGGCCAAGGCGUGCAGCGUGUGCCAGGAUCGGCCCGCCAGCGCCCAGGAGCAGACAGCCGAGGCGCUCGUGCAAGAGGUCACGCGCCUCAAGUGCGACAAGUUGGACCUGCUCAGGCAGAACGUGAGGGACAUAAAGAGGCUUAGAGAGAAGGAACUGAUCCUGCAGGGCGAGUUGGCGAAUCUGACGAAAGAAGUGAAUCGACUGAGGGACGUGUUGAAAGAUUACAGUCCGAACGGCGACAGAUCUCCGAUCUAA